AUCAUGGAGUGUUUUCGGCAGAUAGCUCGACUCGUCAAGUCCCCAUUCCGGCGCGAAAAGCAACAGCACAAGGUCCUCGAAAUCGGUCCCCCCACCGACUUUCGCAAGGAGGAAUUGCCCGCCUUCUUUUCAGAUGACGAGUCAGUAGCCUCGCACCCCGAUCGUCCUGACAGCCAUUCUGACCAUCGCUCGCAGUGCGGCCACCCUGCACAGUCGGGGAUCGACCCUCGAGAAGGAGAAGGAAGCAGCGGUCACGGCCAUGGACCAUCAACCGUCGACACGAGACAAGAUCAAGACCCAUGUCCGGAGGCUGAGCGUCCGGGUUGCCCGACCGCUCCAUGACGACGACGACGAAGACUACGAGGAAUGAAUCAUCCCCCAAGUCAAUCGACCAUCACUCAAUAUCAAUCACAUCACGUCCGACAGAAGGGUACAUAACAUACCCCCCCCUCGGGAUAUCCCUCAGGACGUCAUCAUCAAAACAAGAAUGUUGGAACUUCGUUCAGACGCGAUUUCUUCUUUGCCUUCGGAUCAAUGCCGCGUGGAGUUUGUUGCGUGUCGCCACCUAAUGACGGGGAGGAUCUCUGGCCCUGCACCUGAAUGUUCGACUUGUGUAGCUCUGGAAGCUCGUCAAAGUCGUCAAAUAAUAAUCGUCUUUUAGAUUGGGUCCCGGUUGGCGUACUGGUUCUAGCACUCAUAGACUUCACUCUUCUUAUCCCCCGAUCCUCUGUAGCGCGACCCGCCACAGGGCUGCUUCGCAAGCUAGAUAUCCCUCUCACC